UCUUCUUGAGCUUUUAUGGUAAGGACACUCGCAGAAAUUUCAUCUCGAAUCUUUACUAUGCUUUGGAUCAAGCUGGAAUUGUGACCUUCAGAGAUGAUCCUGCACUUCCAAAGGGUGAGAAAAUCUAGUCAGGAUUGUGUCAUGCAAUCAGAACUUCGAAGAUGUUUGUUGUUGUUAUCUCGGAGAAUUAUGCUCGUUCUUCAUGGUGCCUUGAUGAGCUUGUAGAGAUCCUUAGCUCCAAGAGAAAAAGGAAUCAGGUUGUUCCUGUGUUUUACUAUGUUAAUCCAUCCGAUCUACGACACCACAAGGGGAGUUUUGGUGUAGCUCUUGAAAAGCAUAAGAAGCGUCACUCGGCUAAUAGGAUUGAGAAAUGGAAAUUGGCGCUUGCUGAAAUCGCGGAUCUAUCAGGAUACCAUUUGGAAGACGCUGAAGAAUGGACCUCUGCUUUAACACUUUAUGUACUAUUUAUGUAUGCUAAGAUUUACAGUUUUGUGUUUUCUAUUAAGAUGAAUGGGAGUGAAGCGGAUAUCAUUCGAAAUAUUGUUGAGAAUGUUUUGCCACAAGCAUCGCGAAAGGUACUACACCUCGAUACUUGUCUAUUUGGGAUAGAUCUUGCCGUUGAAGAGAUCUAUCAACAACUAAGCAUGGAGUCAAAUGAUGUUCGUGCCCUUGGAAUAUGUGGGCUGGGUGGAGUUGGGAAAACUACAGCAGCCAAGGCUUUCUAUAACAAAUACUCCCACAAAUUUGAUGUAAGUUGUUUUCUGGAAAAUGUAAAACAAAAUUCACAAGGCGGUAGUCCUCUAUUUCAUUUACUUCAGCAGCUCUUGACAGAGCUUCUCAGAGCCAAGGAUUCUAAGGUCCGUGACGUUGAAAGUGCACUAAGAAAAUUGAGGGAAAUUCUUAGUUCUAAGAAAGCCCUCGUUGUUCUCGAUGAUUUGGAUCAGUCAAGCUAUUCUGAAUUUCUAGUAAGGAUUUGCAAGCUGUUCUCAGAUGGCAGCAGAAUGAUAAUUACAGCAAGAGAUUUAAACUUGCCAAAUCAACUGAAAGUAGAACUGUCAAAAGUAAAUACAUAUAUGGUGAGGCAUCUGAAUGAAAUCAAUUCACUGGAGCUCUUUAGCUAUCAUGCCUUUAAAAAAUCAAAGCCUCCAGGAAAAUACUUAGCUUUGUCUGAAAGUUUUGUUACUUAUGCGGGAGGCCUUCCAUUAGCUCUAAAGAUGCUGGGUUCAUCUUUAUGCGGUAGGACAAAUAUGUCAUUCUGGAAAGCUAAAUUUCAAAAACUUGAAAAAAUGCCAAUGAAUGAUAUCCAAAAAAUCCUACAAAUGAGUUAUGAUGAAUUAGAAGAUGACACGGAGAAGGCUAUUUUCCUUGAUAUUGUAUUCUUCUUCGUGGGAAAGAACAUAGAUGAGGCUGUUGAUGUAUUCAAAUCCUGUGAUUUGUUUCCGGAGGCUGGGAUACCAAUUCUAAUCGAAAGGUGUCUACUAACCAUUGAUCGGAAUAAUAGAUUUCAGAUGCAUAAUCUCAUACAGGACAUGGGAAGGAACAUUAUUUUUGAAGAAUCCAAACAUGGUCCAUGCCGGCGCUUGUACCUGAAUCAAGAAGAAGCAUGUCAGGCUUUGCCAAAUCUUGGGGAGAUGGAUAAGAUCGAAGGUCUCAUUAUCGACCUAACAAUGUCAACUAACAAAUACUGCAAUGCUGAGAUAUUUGAAAGGUUGCCAAACUUAAGGUUAUUAAAAUUAGUUGAUGUCCAUGGUAUCAAAGGAAAUUUCAAAACUUCAUUUCGUGAGUUAAGGUGCAUUAGUUGGCAUGGUUGUCCUUGGAUGCAUUUACCUUCUGCUAUUCACCUACAAAAACUUGUUUUCCUGGACAUGCCAUUUAGCAGAUUUGAAACAUUGUGGAAGAUUGCCGAGUUACCUUCUUUGCAUCAUUUGAAUUUGGAUGGGUGCAUACAUUUGAAAGAAUUGCCGGAGUCAAUUGGACACUUGACCAAACUAGACCAUUUGAAUGUGAAUGAUUGUGUGACUCUAAAACGAUUGCCCAAACCCAUCACACAAUUGGCUACUCUGAGUUUCUUGGAUAUGAGUGGUUGCCGAAAUCUGAAACUAUUGCCGCAGCAAUUGGGCGAUAUGAAAGGCUUACAGAGGCUUGAUGCAAGUUGUACAGCAAUUGAGCAACUGCCAGAUUCAAUUGCUCACUUGAAGAAAUUAGUUCAUUUGGAUUUGAGCGGGUGUGAGAAGCUUAGGAAGUUACCUGAGCAAUUUGGGAACAUGGAAGCAUAUGGAAGUGGACUCGAACAACUGCCAGACUCGUUUUCAGACCUGCUUAAUUUGGUCUCUCUGCAUCUGUUUAACUGUUCACAGCUGAAGAGAUUGCCUGAGCAGUUGGGGAAGAUGCAGUGCCUGAGCAGUUGGGGAAGAUGCAUCUCAUACAUCAAUUAA